AUGUCGUCCACCAGCAAUCUGGACCUUGAGGCCCCAGAAUCAGAACACUACCAGAGCCCAGCAUCACCGAUUCCAGAGCACGCUUUCGGGUCCCCCAAACCUUCCAGUGAGAGCACAUCCACCGAAGUCGAAACUGCCCAGAACACAGAAGGCCAUCACUCUCCGAACUCAGACCACGAAGUUGGGUACGGUUCCGAUUCGUCCGAAUCCUCAAUCACGGCGGACGAGACACCGGUCGCCAGCACAGAGAAUCCUUUUCCAUGUUCUUAUCCAUCCUAUUAUCACGGAAUAUAUUCCCACCACGAAACAUACUUCCCCAUGUGGAAAGACGCACAGGAGAAUGAUUAUCGGAACAAGUACAUCAAAUUUCUGAACGCGCGCAUCAGUUACCUCGAAUCGGAGCUUGAAAACCAGCUGACCCGGAAAGAGGCCAAGAUUAAGGAGAUGCAAAAUCGCAUCGAUAUGCUGGAAGCGCAGGUGGAAGGGGAGACGGACCAGAAACAGGGAAUCUUCGACAAGCUUGAUGAGCUCGAGAGUAUGCUCGAUGGUCAGAUACCAUGA